AUGUCGUCCCAUGGUGGACAGCAGAACUUCCCAUUCGGCUGUAUGGUGUCCACGUAUCCUCCUCUUGAUGUAGAUGAAUUUACUUACGCCUGUUCCACAGAUCAACAAGAGAAUAUUCAUGGAUUGGGUUUUCCUGAGUUCAUGAACCCCGGUCCUCCGCCAGGCCAACCUUUACUCAACGCCCAUGAGAAUCAAGACCUAGACAACUUUUUCCAUGAUUUUGACCAAAACGCUGCUGCCAUCAAAGCGAUUAGCCACGCUCAAUUCAAUCUACCCUCUGGUCAUGACCAAUACUAUGGUAUGCCCCCCAUGUUUGUCGGUUCCGACACAGCACUCGGUCGGUCUGGCGUCAAUCCUCAUCAAUUGCAAGGAGGUGGAUUCCCAUAUGGGGAUUCCUUGAUGGGUCAAGAGAUGGGCACAGUUGGACCAUCCAAUGCUAUUGGUAGUAUGCACGGCGCCGGUUAUAGUGAUGCGGCAUAUACCAAUCCACUCAUUGCUCAGCUUCAAACUGCGGCGUCGCUGCAACCAGCUUAUGGUCCUGGCUGGCUGCAAACCUUCCCCCCUCAGCAUGCGAUUCAUAUGCAACCACAAAGUCGACAGGUCGUAAAUUUUGGUUCUGACCCUCACUUUCAACCCACUGGAUAUGCUGCUCCAAACAAUCCUAUGGACCCCGAUAUUCCUCAAGGUAUGCAGACACCCGCCAUGGAUUGGUUUGAACCGAUGAGUGCCAGCACAACUCAGCCCAAUACCCAACCAAAUACCGAACCUUCAAGUCCCAAUUGGUCCAAAAAGAGAACGUUUGAUGAUUUCCAGCGAGAGCAGCAGCCUCGUAACGGCUUCGUGCCCUCUACCAACGGCCAGCAUAUGGCUGCUGCACAACCUUCUCCCCCGCAGUCCAAUCCUCGCAGAAAGCGCAGUUCAGUCGUCAAGAAUGAGCCAGGACUACCAUCUCAACCACCAACACCAUUGACCAGUAGCAAACCGCACACACCGCUAAAUCCACUUUUUGGUGAACCGGGUGAUCAUGAAGAAGAUGCCGAGGCAGAAGCAGACGAAGAUGAAGACGCUGAUGAUGAUGAUGGUGGUGAUGGUGAUGAUGAAAUCUCAGAUCGACCCAAGUCGCCGUCACCAGCACCCUGGCCCUCCAACAAAGCCCGUCCUCCACGGGUCACAAAACCUCCACCUCAGCAACCUAUUCGCAAGAAGAAAAGUGGCACCAACCCGUCAACGCAGAUCAAACCGAAAGCCAAACGAUUGCCUGCUCCUCCGUUCACACGAACUCCUGCGACUCGGGUUCCUCUCACUAUGGAGCAGAAAAAAGCAAAUCAUACAAACUCUGAGCAACGUCGUCGAGAUGCCACAGCUCGUGCCUACGCUGAACUGUACGACCUUGUUCCCGAGCUUGACGAUAUGGGCAAGCAAAGCACGAUGAAGAAACUUGAAGUCGUCGUGGCUAAGGUCCAACGCGUGAAACUGGGAGUGGAAAAACUACGAGUCAAAUUGGGCCUUGACCCUCAAACUGGAAAACCGGUUGGGCCCGGUGGAGGAGAUGUUUUGCUUCACAGCGAUGUCCAAAGCUAG